GGGGACGUCGGCCUGAGCGUGCGCGGUCGAGAGGGGGAGGGGCGACGUGAACGAGCACGCAGCUGGACGCAGGCGUGGUGGGCGGAGCCGCCGACUGUUUUCGUUCGGACGUCCGCGCGAGGAAGAGGAAGAGGAAGAGGAAGACGGGUGUGAAGAGGAGCCCGCAGAGAACACGGCACUCACGCAUGGCUGCAUCAGAGUAGACCAGCCCCACCAUGGUGCAGUGGCAGCUCCAGUCGGUGGACCACCUGAUGAGCUCAAGCUUCGGCUGUCCUUUUCCACGACACGGCCUUCAGCUCCUGUUUUGGUUUGCGAAUGAAUGUGUGACCUGCGAACUGAUCAACCUUGUGAUUGUCAUGAAGCUGGUGUCGGACUGUCAACCAGAGAAAGGUUUCUGCGGCUUCCACCCGUUUGGCAACUUCGAGGAGCUUCUGCCUGUGCUGGACAGGUCCAGGAAAGGCAGAAAGAGACAGGUUGCAUACUUUGAAGUUGGCAACCUGAACACAGAAACCUGUCCAGCAUCUGCAAACCUCCCGAUGUAUGUGAGGGAGAAUUAUGGGUUGGAUGGUAACCAUGGCAUUUACAAUAUAGACCGCAUCAUCAUCAGUUUCCAGCUGAAGACCAGGGUGGUGGAGACUGUGUUCGUCACAGAGCAUGACGGAGUUUCCUUCGGGGGGUUCAGUCCUGACAGGACUUACGGGAUCAGCUCUGAGCUGCUCCGAGCCCUGCAGAGCCCGCAGCUCGACCUCACCACCUUUCUCACCCAGGCGGGCUACGUUGGAGAUGAUGCAGAAGAGAUUCUCUACCCAGAACCCGAUUACUUACAAUUCUUCACAGAUGCCUUCAACCAGCAACUAGAUAACAUAGUGCCAUUCAGCUACAACCAGCAAGUUCACCACAGUGCCAGCGUGACCCCAUACAACAGCAGACUUGUGGCCAACUACAGCGGAGUGCAACAUAAACACAAGAAGCCCAAAGCCAACGAGAGACAAAAACCUUUGAGGCAGAGUUACUGGCUGUCCGCAGGGGAGCAGCCUUAUAAAGGUUUUAAUGAAGAUGUUAAGAAAAGGAAUGGAGGUGGAGGUGGUGGUGUCAGUUUUCUGAAGAUUCUCCUCGGUGCCGGAGCGCUCUAUUUGGCAGCUAAAUGUUUCAGCUGCCUCAGGAACUGGUGGAAGGGGGACUUCCUCAAGGUCAUACCUUACAGGACCGCUGGUUAUCAACAUGCACAUAUCAUGCUGGAUUAUGUGUAUUAGAAUGUAGACACAAGUCACAUAUUGUAUUUCUAAUAUAUAUACAUAUAUAUUAAUAUUAUUAUAAUUAUUAUUUUUGAACAAUUUAAUACUAAGGCACAAAAUAUUUUGAAAUGCACAUCAAAGAUGAACAGUAAAAUUAGUAUAUUCCACAUUUUUGUCAAGUCAACCACAACUUUUAUUUUUGGAUUGUUUUCAUAAACACUGUGGUGGCAAUUUGCUGAAUAAAAAGAGCAAAGUCA